GAAAUUUAAGUUCGGAACAUAAUCAUCUGGUGUUUGGAGCGCGAGAUACAACCUUCAAAUGGAGUUCAAAUUAAUUAGAAAUUAUUCAAUCCCUCUUGAGAUACAACAUUGGAACGCAAAUCAAACUAUGAGACGAGAUAUGCGAAGAGACGAGUGCACUCAGAUCCAACCAACCUGCGGAUGCAAAGGGCUUAAUUUAGAGCGCGGGCGGCUGAACGAGGCGGAAUUGGAGCGCCUCAUGUGCGGGCGCCGCGCCUCACCCUGCGGCACGCCGCCGCGCGCGCGGUGA